AUGUAAUAGAUAUUGGAAGCAAAAGGUUAAUGGAAGACACUUCUAAAAGGAUGGAAGAAAAAUGAAAAUAAAUAAUAGCAAAAUGAUGAUCAUUAUUUUGGAUUUUAAUAUGAGAAAUUAUUAGAAAUAUUUGAUAUGAAUUAAAUACUAAAAGAAGCUCAAAGCACUUUAACAAAACAUGAUAAAGAGAAGGAUUUGAAAGAGAAAAAAUUAAAAAUCUAAUUAGAAAAACUCAAUCAACUAGGAGGCAUUUAUGGUUUAUAGAACUUUUUAAAGACUUGCAUAAAGUAAGGCUUGGAUGACACCAACGAUUAAGACUUGAAAAUGAGAGAAAAGUACUUUGGAAAGAAUGAAAAGCCUUAGAUAGCAAUUAAAAGUGUACUGUAAAUUAUAAUUGAGCAAUUUCAAAAAGAAAGAUUAUUUUAAUUAUUAUUGAUAAUAACAACUAUCAAUAUCAUAAUAUAUUUCCAUGAAAACAUGUAGAUCUACUUGUUUUAUAUAAUAAUGUUGAUAAUAAUGGUUGUCUAUAAGGGAGUGAUCAAAUAAUAAUACAACAAAGAGAUAGUGUAACACUAGAAUGAUAUAAAAGAGAGGAGUAAGCAUUUAGUAAAGCGUUGUAAUGUAUUAAGAAAUGGAGAUGACACAAUUUAAAUUCAUAAUAGUUAAUUGGUUGUUGGAGACAUACUGAUUUUCAAGCAGGGAGAUUUUAUAUAAUGUGAUGGUAUAAUAACUAAAUUAUCUAAAUGUAAUGGAAUUGAGGUGUUGUAACCAUUUCCUAAUCUUUUUAACACUCAUGAAGUCAAAAACAUAGAUGAAGUCAAAGAAUCGAAUGGUUCACAUGAUGAGUAAUUACAAUCCAACUUAAGUUUGGUUGACAACUUCAUUUUUGCUGGUUCUCAAAUAAUAAAGGGAUCUGGAUAAUUGCUUGUUUGUAGUGUUGGAUAACAAUCAUCUGAUUACAUUUAAUACAAACAGUCAUUUUUAGAAGACACAAAGACAGAAAAAUAAAGAACAACCUAUUUGAAAUAGAAUUCUAUGUAUAAUCCUUUUGCUUUUAAGAUUGAAUCCCUUAUGAAUAAGAUUGGAAUACAAUGUAUCAUUAGCUUACUUAUUUUAUUAAUAAUAUUACUUUUCAGGAAUACUUAUUUGAUCAACAUUACUCAAAUCCUAUUAUAUUUAUCAUAAUUAUCAAUUAUUACUAUUCCAUCUUAAUUGCUUUCAUUGAUCAAUUUGUUUAUGAUUUAUGUGAUAAAGAAAUGCAGACACAGAAGUAUUUAUAUAUAGGAUUAUCUUUCAUUAUAUUGGUUGGGGUAAGUAAACGAAAUGAUUAUUGAUAAGAUAGAUAAUAAAGUGACUAUGUUUAGUAAAUCAUAAAUAAAUAUUAGAUACUUCACUCAAUUAUAAUUGGAAGAGGCUUAAAAAACAGCAAUUCAAACAGGUCUUGUGAAAGAAGAUGAAAUUGAGGAUAGAUAUGUCGAAGGUACAUUGCUUAGCAGUAGUUUUGAAUAGAAGAAUAAAUUUGUAUUUUUGAGUAGAAGACUUGCUUGUCCCACUUUGGAUCAUUUGAAACUAGAAAAGAUUUAAUCGAGCAAGACUUUGGAAUGGUUGGAAUAAUAAAAGUAGAAAUUCCAAUUCUAAGGAAUUAUUGAUUAAUAAAAGCUAUAUGAGGAAAUCAAAAAUAAAAACAUUAUCAUUGGAGGGAAUGCUGAUAGAAAAGAGCAAUUGAUAAAUUUGCUUAAACUCUAUGACAAGAUAAUAUUUAUCAAAGGAGAGGAAAAUGAUGGAAAAGCUAUGGAAAUGGCUCAUGUUAGUAUUGGACCACAUGAGUCUAGAUCCUGCAUCAAACUAUUUAAUCAUCUCGAGUAAACUGAUUACAGUUACAUAUCCUCCAUGUACGAGUGUAUAAGUUAAGGAAGGGCGGUGUAUUUCUAUAUUUUGUCAUACUCCUAUGCCUAGGCUUGUACUUCAUAAACUAUAAUGAUAUUUGCAAUUGCCUCUGCCAUUUUAUCUGAUAACAUUUUCAUUAUGCCAAUUCCAACCUUCAUCAUCUUCUAUUUAGCUUUGAAUCAUUUUUCACAUUAAGUACAAAAAUAAUGCAAUUCAGAUGUGCAAACCUAUGUGAUGCACAGAGGUCCAUAUAUGAAACAAGGUAGAAUCAUUGAUAGGAAUACCACUAGGAAACUAUAUAAAUUGCAUUCUAUUUUAAUUGUUGAAUUGCUGGUUGCCUAUUACUAUGGAUAUUUUAAGUCUGUUUAAGAUGUCUAUAUAGGAUUGCUAUUUAGCAAACAUGUUUUUAUUAUGGUUAAACCUAUUAAAUAGGUGUUAUAAUAAAUUGAAGGUAUUAUAUAUGGUCUGAUAAUUAAUUUAAUCAAUUAAUUCAUUAAUUAGUCAAAUUAAGAUUAUCACAGUAUCUCAGUACUUUUGAGAAAUUAUUCGAUUGGUUUAAUUGUUGUAGCAUUUAAUUUAUUUGUUGGAUAUAAAUGA